AUGACUGUUCCAAGUGAUUUGACCCACCGGGGUGCAAACGGCCAGCAUCUUUCUCUCGAGGAUCGAUUUGAAGUUUUGAAGGAAAUUGGUGAUGGUAGCUUCGGUAGCGUCGUCCUGGGUAGAGUCCGGACGGCUGGUGCCAACGUUGCCCGCCGAGGCACAGUGGUUGCCAUCAAGACUAUGAAGAAGACUUUUGAGUCUCUGCAACCAUGCUUGGAGCUUCGUGAAGUCGUCUUCCUACGCACACUACCACACCACCCUCACCUUGUUCCCGCUCUUGACAUCUUCCUGGACCCCUACUCUAAGAAGCUCCAUAUCGCCAUGGAGUACAUGGAGGGUAACUUGUACCAACUGAUGAAGGCUCGCGACCACAAGUGUCUUGACAACGGUAGCGUCAAGAGCAUUCUCUACCAGAUCAUGCAGGGUCUGGAACACAUCCACUCACACCACUUCUUCCACCGCGACAUCAAGCCCGAAAACAUUCUUGUCACAACAUCCGGCCACAAUGAUGCUGGCAACACCUUCCGACGAUACUCUUCUCUCGUUACUCCGCCUUCAACCCCACCCACAUACACCGUCAAGAUCGCCGAUUUUGGUCUCGCCCGUGAGACACACUCCAAGCUUCCCUACACCACAUACGUCUCAACAAGAUGGUACCGUGCUCCCGAGGUCCUCCUACGAGCGGGAGAGUACUCCGCUCCUGUCGAUAUCUGGGCCGUUGGUGCUAUGGCUGUUGAGAUUGCCACGCUGAAGCCGCUCUUCCCUGGUGGAAACGAGGUGGACCAAGUUUGGCGAGUUUGUGAGAUCAUGGGUAGCCCAGGUAACUGGUACAACAAGUCAGGCAACCGAGUCGGUGGAGGCGAUUGGCGUGACGGCACAAGGUUGGCUGGCAAGCUGGGUUUCUCUUUCCCCAAGAUGGCCCCUCAUGCCAUGGACACCAUUCUGCAAACACCGCAGUGGCCUGCGUCUCUGGCUCAGUUCGUUACCUGGUGUUUGAUGUGGGACCCCAAGAACCGCCCGACUUCGUCACAAGCUAUCGCCCACGAAUACUUUGUCGAUGCCGUUGAUCCUACUCGACCCAAGUCAUCAGCUUCCCGAAUCCUGGGCCGCAAGCAGUCCGAUCUCAGCCGAAGCAGCAAGGAGGCCUCUACUACCCCAACUUCCGUCAAGCAAUCUUGGUUCCGCAAGUCCCUUAUCGGCCGUUCUGAGAGCACCGACCUGGCCACCAUGCAGACACAAACAAAGGAGCCUGCUGGUCCUCGUCCUGCCCCUGAACCUGCCGCCGCAAAGGCCCGCCCUGCCGCCGGAAAGAGAGCUACUUGGACAAACGGCCCUUCAAACGUGGCGCCCAUGCCCAUCCUUCCCACUGCGCGGCCAAUCUCGCCAAUCCCUGAUGCUGUAAAUGCCCGCGCCAACAAUGCCUACGACGACGCUUACGCUAAUGGACAUGGCCAGGGGAAGACCAAGAAACUUGGCCGACAGCUCUCUGUCGCUUCAAGCACAAACAACUACACAGAAAUGCAUCGGCAACAAGCCGAACGGGCUCUCAAUGGGAAUUCUGGCCUCGCCUCCCCUCCGAGUGGACAGAAGGAGAGCUUCUUUUCACAUCUCCGAAAGCGUGCGAGGCGGUUCUCGGGACGACAUCAGACCCCCGUCUCACCCUCCUAUGAUGACGACGACCUGGAGGCCCAGGUUGGAUGUGGCCCUUGGGGUAGCAACCGGUCGUCCAUGGUUAUCGACCAAUCGCAACAACCGGCUCCCGUUCCCAAGUCCGAGGUCUACGAAUCUCUUGACAAGGCCCUCCGAGAUGUUCAGACCAACCUCGAUUCGAGACCUCCCGUUCCGCCCGCUCACCAGGUCUCGCCUACCAGCACCCUCAAGCGACAUCACUCGCUACCUCAACAACAAGCCCGGUCAGUAGACAACCUGAUCGGUGCUGCACGGGGUGGUCCCAUCUCUAGCCGUACACGACGAGCCCAAGCGACUCAUGGUGUGCAUCAGUACGAGGCUCCUGAUGAGGAGGAAGAGCUCAUGGAUGAGGCCAUGACAACAACACAAAGAGCCAUGAAGCGAAUGGAACAAAACCAAAAUAAGCCGCUUCGACAAUCGGCUAGCAACAUUGGGUUAAUGAACCCAUACCCCACUCCCUCGCCUUCAGCGAACGGCAACCAAGUGUUGUUCGCCGAUGGGCAAGCUAUUACUCCCAAGCCUCUUGAUCUAAACAAGAGGACUGAUCAGUACAAGUGGCCCACGCCGCCGUAUGAGGAGAGCGAAUGGGCAGCGUCGGCAUCAGCCAGUAUUUGGGCUGCUGGCAGUCGCAUUUAG